AUGCAGCUUAUUAUCUCCAACAUCAUCCUCGGCUUCUUCCCAGCCCUGGCUCUCCUCACCGGCGUCGACGCCCAAGCUGUCCGCUCAAUGGGCUUCAUCGGCUGCUCCAUGGCCGAAAAUGUUGCCCAGGGCUACAUGGCCGUCGGCGGCACCCGGAUGUGGGGACCCUACGGCACCGGUGGCGCCGUCGUCCAGUCCUGGACCGACACCAACUCGGCCUCCUGGCAAUCCUUCGACCGACAGGCCGCGCAGAACGGCAAGCCCUCCGCUGUCUGGGUGCAGAUUUGCAUCUUCUCGCAGAACGGCGCCACCUACGACGAGGUCAAGAAGCUCAUCGCCAACGCGCGCCAGCACGCCGCUCCCGGGGCGGAGAUCUUCAUCACGGGCCAGCCACUGUACGACGCUGGGCAGACGUGCUUCCUCGCGGGGCAGGGAGGCCCGGAGUUGACUGAUAGUCUGGCCAAGAGGGCUAGUGAGGAUGCGUCGCUGAAUGCCACGUACGGAGGGACGUUCCGCCUGCACAAUGGGGAAGUUGCGGACGGUUGUCAUGCAAAUACCGCGGGGCAGCAGUCUUUGGGAGGCCAGGCUAUUGGGUUCUGGGGUUGA